AUGAAUGUUAUAGAAAAUGCUGAAAAAGAAUGUGCCGUACUUGGCUCAUUAUUUCAAGGAAUUGUCAAUGAAAUGAAGAACAGUUCAACAUUAUGGGAAGAUUUAGCAUCUAAAGCAAAUAAAAUGCAUCUUCAACUUAAAUCAACAAUAACAACUUUCAGUGUUUUUCUUGAUGCUUUUCAACGUAUUGCUGAUUUAGCAACAAAUACAAAAGGUGCAACAAGAGAAAUUGGUACAGCAUUAACACGUUUAAUUUUACGUCAUAAAUCAAUUGAACAAAAAUUAAAAUCAUUUACAAGUUCAUUAGUUGAAACAUUUAUUCAACCAUUAAAUGAACGUAUUGAAGAAUGGAAAAAAUCAGCCAAUACUUUAGAUAAAGAUCAUGCAAAAGGUCUCAAAGAUUAUAAAAAAUUACGUAAUGAACUACGUAAAAAAGCAACAGAAACAGCUAAAUUACAAAAAAAAUGUCGAAAAUUACCAAAACAUGAUAUAUUACAUAAUAAACUUAAUUCCGCAAUACAAGAAGUAUCAAAUUAUUAUGGCAUGUUAGAAGAACGUGAAAAACAAGCAUUAAGAUCAGCAAUGAUUGAAGAACGAAGUCGUUUUUGUACAUUAUUUACUUUAUUAAAACCUGUUAUGGAACUUGAAAUAUCACUUGCAUCGGAAAUGAGUCAUAUUGAAGAUCUUGUUCAAUAUUUAGCUAAACAUACAACUGAUCCACAUUGUUUACCCAUAGCGAGUGAACAAGUUAUUAAAGAUAUUAAAGGCAUUGAUUACAGUACAAUUGUUGCAUUUAAAACUCCACCAUCGUCACCGGGCUCAUUAAGUUCACGUAAAUCAAGUGUUUGUUCAAUAAAUAGUAUUAGUAGUUCAUCAUCAAAUUCAACAAAUAAUUCACGUAGUCCAAGUCAUAAAAAAAUUCCAACACAACAACCACAACAGCAACAAUUACAAACACAAAUACCGAUUCCUAUUCAACAUCAAUUUUGUCAUCCAAAUAAUACAAAUCGUUCAUUAACAAUGCCGUCAAAUGUUGCUGUAAGUCGUUUAUCAAGUGUAUCAUCUCAAGAUUCAGGAUUUACAUCUCAAGAACAGUUCUUUGCGCGUCCACCUUCACCACUUGAAGAAGCAGAACGUGAAGUCGAUGGAAGUUCUAGUCCUUUAUUAGUUGUUUGUUCAACAUUAAAUGCUUGGGCAAAACGUCCUGAAAUUCCAUCUAAUUGUAAACAUCCGGCAACAGUCACCGGUGCACCUGAACCAGUAAAAACUUAUCGACCAGCUAUAACUGCACAUACAUUUGAUCCACCAUCACCGAGUCUAUUCGAAAAACCUAAUUGGCAAAUCUAUGAAGAAACAAAUCAUCGAGCAACAACUAUUUCUGACGAUGGAUUAUAUGGUGCAUUAUCUCGUCAACAUUCAGUACCAUCUCGUCGUUGUCGUAUACGUGAUCUUAGUUUAGAAAGACAUUCACCUAUGCGUGAACAACAUUAUCAAUCAACAAUGAAUAAUAUUACGAAUGGACGUGUUAAACCUACUCAACCACCAACUGUACCAUCCGAUUAUUAUAGUACAAUGACAAGUCGACAUAGUCCAGAGGAUAUCAAUCAACGUUUACGAAGUUCUACAAUACCAUCUGAAACACUGGCAUUUGAUCCACGUACAAUUGUAUGGCGUGAACGAUCACGUCAAAAUGGUCAUAUUUCAACAUCACAAUAUGGAACUUAUUAUGGUAGACCAUCAUUUGAAUCAGCAAAUGAGACACUCGAUGAAAUGUACGAAUAUCUAACAAAAAAUAGUUAUCCAACGAAUCAACAACAGCAACAACAAAAGAAUGAAACACUUCGUCGAGGAAUGUCAGUUGCUUUAAAUUCAAAUGAAAAACCACCGCCACCACCAAUACGUCGUACACCAUCAAUGAAUACAAAUUGUCAUCAACAACAACAACAAAUUAAUAAUGGUUAUAUUGAAUUACAAUCACGUCUUAAAGCUCGUUUGAAACGUGCAGAAGAAAUAGCUGGUCAAGCUGAUCUAAUUAAUUUUCAACAACAAAAAUCGACAACACUAACAAAAGUAACAUCAACUAUUGUUUCACAAUCAAAUACGAAUGAUGAUGAUUUUCCACCACCACCACCAGAUUUUCUGCUUAAUGAUGAUUCAAAACCACAACCACAACCACCACCAUCAACAACAAGUCAUUCAACAUUAUUAGAAGAAAUUCAACGUGGAUUUAAACUACGCAAAACGGUGAUUGAUAGAGAUAAAUCAGGUCCUCGUAUAAAAUAA